CAACAAACCAUUAUUUCAGAACGUUCAGAAUUUUGUUUUGAAAACCCCCUUCGAAGUUUAAAUAAUUAUAUGGCUCUAUCGCUCGAGGCAGAAGGAACAUCUCUUGCACCAGAUGCAAGUGCAAUUAAAUUCGAAGCUGCUGAAUCUCACAUUCACCAGGAUCAGGGGACAGACGUAUUGGAACGCAGUCCUUCGAGGUCCCAGCCACCAUCGUCAACCUCGCAGAUCAACGUUGGUGAAAUGGAACAGAACCUAACAGCUCUUCAGAAGGUCUCAGAUGACUCCACAACGCCUGUAUGCGCCAACAAGGAUGAUGCGAAGACACGUUGUAAGACCAAGGGAAAGAGGAAAGCCACCGAUGGAACGAUCGGCAAGGAGCCCGGCAAAGGACACUCUCGCAAGCGGGCUAAAUCCAACUAUGUUGAUGGAGUACUGUUCAAGCUUCAUCGCUCGAGGCUCGUUUCCAAGUCAUUAUUCUUCGCGCAGCUGCUUGAAAAUCAUGACAAAGAUAACUUUCCGAACGACGACGUGCGGGUAGAAAUCGAUGACAAAGGGACGGUAUACCACCUCGGCAACACUACUACGGCGGACGACUUUGCGGCUCUCUUGAAGUUUGAUGAUAACCCAACCGAAUAUUACUUCCAACCUCCCUCAUUCUUAACUCUUGCCCCCAUUAUCUGCGCGGCGACUGCCUUGCGCUUCGAAACAUAUCGUACCUGGGCAGCUCGAGUUCUUGAACAGACAUGGUCAUCGUCCCUGGAGGAUUUAACCCCUGAGCCCAAGGAAGACGCUGCGGGUGUCAUUAUUCUUGCACGUUCAUGUGGUUUGAAUGGUGUUGUGAAGCGUGCUUUGUACGAACUUGCUAGGACCCGGCGGAUUAGUCUGUAUGAUUAUAAUGAUGUUCCUGGGCAGUCAGUGCUCCCGCAGAUUGGACGUGCAGACGAAAGGUGCGUGGGGCUCAUGAAAGAGCUCUUGGUCACCACUUGGUCAGAGGUCGCUGUGCGAAUCGAUACGUUUCCUUGCCGUGACCAACCCUUCUCGAACAAAAUUAGGAGGGUGUCACUUGUAGAACGAGACUGGGACUCUCCAGACAAGUGUCCACCUCAAACCACCCAACAGGUUACCUGGAACGAACGUGUACAUGAUUCUGGGCUGUACACAAAAUACCUGUUCGACCCAGUGUGCGGUGCUCAGGAGUUGAUCAACAUCCCGUGGAAGGAGGAAAGCUGGUGCGCAGAUUGUAUCCGAUCAAGACGAGCUGCUUGGAGAAAGAUGCAACAAGACUUAUGGACGGAAAUGGACAAGUUGAUCCCUGAUAUUGAGUAAUUUUCGAGCAAGAUGCCUCCGCUGCAUAUACCAUCACAGAUGGACGGAUAAGUCUAAGACAUGGUAUUUCUGUCUAAUUUGUCGUCCUUACCUGGCUUACUUUACCGACUCGCCAAUCAAUUAUUUCAUGAACAUUGUUAAGCCUCUACGUAUACCUACCAGUUUGCUUCAGUUUAGCUUUGGUCGCAUAUAAAUGUUAUAAUGAUGAAUCAGUACUAAGUAGCACAAUGGUCAUGUUCAAACUCAUCCAUAAC